GAGCGUGGUGUAUGGGCAAGUAGUUUGUUUGAGCCAAUGAAUGCACGUCGCUUGUUCCCUUGUUUUGAUGAGCCGCGUUGGAGAAGUAUUUUCAAGCUACAACUUUGGCUCGAAGACGAUUUUGCUUCUCCGGGUGUCGAUGACAAAGCCAAAAUGAAUCCUGACUGGAAUGGCACGGGUUUCGAACUUUUUUUUUGCACGGGUAAAACAUUCAUUGAAUUAGGCGAAUUUUUAUGUGAGCUGUGGCCAUCGAACGCAGAUGACGAAUCAGAGGCGGCCGGUUGGACGUCAUUUGCAUCAACGCUUUUUCAUGAACUUGUUCAUCAAUGGAAUGAACUGGACGUGAUUGGCGAUGUAACAACAAUACCGUUGGUUAGCAGCAACUGGUCAUCAGGAGUGGUUCCAUCAAUUGUAUAUCGAAAAGGAUCUGCUAUUGUUAGUCUUCUGAAUGAUGUGGUAGGUGCCGAUAAAAUGCGGCUUAUCUUCAGGGAUUACGUCCGAAAAAAUCAGUGGAAAUCUGCUAAUACAACUACGUUUCUACGUAUCGUCGACCGUAUUGCUAAGAAUCUGCCCAUCUCAGCCUCAGCAUUCUUUGCCAGUUGGCUUUAUCAGGGCAGUCAUCCGAUUGUAUUCAUCGAUUAUGAUAAGAUCACAUCGCAGUUCUGCUUAACUCAAGUGCCAAAAGCUGGUGAUAUGGGUGUAAGAUGGUACAUCCCUAUAUGGAUUGAAUGCUUAGCGGGCACAUCAAAUGAGACAAUUUAUUGGAUAUUACCACACCAACAAUUAGUCCUCGGUCUUGAUCAGGAAAGCGUCAUCUCACUGGAGAAAGCUGAGGAUCAAGUUACCUUGAAUGCGGCGUUCAAGACAUGCGCAUAA